AUGAUAUAUUCUUUUUAUAUAUUUCACCGAAAUCGCUGCAUCUUUGUUGCUCAGUACCCCCACAGAGGCACAGGCACCGCCUUGGUUGCUUCAGACUCUGCAGCAGCAGCAGCAGCAGCAGCAGCACCGCAGCAGCAGCAGCAACAGCAGCAGCAGCAGCAGCAGCAGCAAGGGGUAUCAUCGCAUCAGGGUUCUGCUUCACCCCACAACUUAUCUCUGCAGCGAACCUCAGCAGGCUCAGCUCUUGUCUCAGCUCCUGUAGCAGCAGCAGCAGCAGGACCAGCAGCAGCAGCAGCAGCAGCAGCAGCAGCAGCAGGAGGAAGGCUGCAGCUGUACCCUUCUUUAGACCCUCUAUCAGGGGGGGCCCCCGGGGGCCCCCUAACAAAAAAACAGCAGCAAACGGGGAGGCUGCUGUCUGGUUUAUUAUAUUCUAUGCGGCGGUUCUGUGAGCAGCUGGGCCCCUCAAUCAGCAGCAGCAGCAGCAGCAGCAGCAGCAGCAGCAGCAGCAGCAGCAGCAGCGGUAUAAUAAACCGUAGCAGUUUCAAUACAUUUUCAACUCCUGAUUAUAAACUACAUUAUUUAGAGACAGCAACAGGGCUUAUCUUGCUUCCUUGCCUGCCUGGGAAUCCUAAGGCGGAGGACGCGUUCGCGACGUCUUUGUAUGAGCAGCUGCCGGAGGGGCAUCCUGCUGCUGCUGCUGCUGCUGCAGCAGCAGCUGCUGCUGCUGCUGCAGCUGCUCGUCAGCAGCAGCAGCAGCAUGGGGUGGCAUCUGUUGCUGUUGCAGCAGGAGCAGCAGGCGCAGCAGCAGGACGAAGAGGAGGAGGGUCUGAAUUGCUGCUGCUGCAGCAGCAGCAGCUGCUGCUGCAGCGAGCAGCACAGCUGCAGCAAGCUUCUUUCUUUGAGCUGCUGGCGCAGCAGAAGCUGCUGCAGGGUUUGUAUGCUGCUCUGAAGCAUUGUGUUGCUACUUUAGAUGCAUUCUACACAGAGAACACUCCUGCUGCUGCUGCUGCUGCUGCUGCUGCUGCUCCUGCUGCUGCUGCUGCUGCUGGCGGUGGGGGUGGUGGUGGUGGUGCAGCAGCAGCAGCAGCAGGAAGAAGAAGAACAGCUGCGGCGCAGCAGGAGCCUAGCAGCAGCAGCAGCAUCGUUUGCGGAGAGCUUUUACUGCAUAAAGAGAGAAAACAGCAACCUCUUCUCUCUCUAUGCGAGUCUCAACCACCCCCAGCUCACCAGCAGCAGCAGCAGCAGCAGCAGCAGCAGCAGCAGCAGCAGCAGCGGGGGGAGAGGGAGGGGGAGGGGGCAGCAGCAGGAGGUGGUAGGAGGGAAAGAGGGGUUGCCGUUGAUGCUGCCUGA